UUUAACAGACACUAAAGAGGGGAAUUGAGCUAUAGCGAUCGACAGAAUGUUCUAGAAUGGUCAUGUGAUGUCCGGAGACCAGUUAUGUCGCACUUUUAAAAAAAUACUCUGACGUACUUGUCUGUUUCUUAUAGGAGUUCGUCCGCCGUCGUAAAAAAUAAACAGGUUUAAUUGUAAAAUAGCGUUUCGGAGUUGCUUAUGCUAUAAAAAUAGGGAGGUUUCGAUGCGAUACAUUUUAAAGGAAUAUUUUCUUGGCGUUAAAGCCGCGAGGGGGAAGAAGGGAGCACGUGAAGGGUCUUGUCCAAUGGGAUUGGGCGCUUUCAGCAGGAGGGUAUAAAUACCAGGCGGUUGCCGUGAGAGACGUCCGCCAUUGUUGACUAACCUUUCAAAGAAACAGAGUAAUUUCAAACGUAUACAUGUAUGUGACGUUAAUUUGUUCUGUUGGCGUGAAAACUAAGCUCAAAACUCUUUAAGUCGUUUUCAAAGAGGUUUUUUUCCGGGCGCAAAGCAUCAACAAGAUCCUUCGUUUGGUGAAGUUUUCCAGCAGAGCUCAUCCUGCACCGCAACGUCUGUCUCAGUUCGGCAGUUUUAACUUUGUUGUUCCCGAGACGGAAAGUGGCACAGACAGUGGAUGUGUAAUGCUUGCUGAGCUGCCUAGGCGUAGUUGCAAAAGCCCUUUCCAUACUGGUCACCACUCCCUGGAUCGGCUCAGACGAUGUCUGAUGUGAAACACCCACAGAACUUCACCAUGAAUGGGAAUCCCCCUCCCCCUGAGUUCAAGAACCCCAAAAAGCCUGGGCGCCUCACCAAUCAGUUGCAGUUCCUAGAAAAAGUGGUGAUUAAGUCCCUGUGGAGACAUCAAUUCUCCUGGCCUUUCAGACAGCCUGUGGAUGCAGUCCGACUCAAUUUGCCAGACUAUUAUACAAUCAUCAAGAACCCUAUGGACUUGAGCACCAUUAAAAAGCGUCUUGAUAACAAUUACUACUGGAAGGCAAUGGAGUGUAUAGAAGACUUCAACACCAUGUUCACAAACUGUUACGUGUACAAUCGGCCAGGAGAUGAUAUUGUUCGGAUGGCUCAAGCUCUUGAGAAGCAUUUCUUGGAGAAGAUGGCAAAGAUGCCUCCAGAGGAGUUUGAGAUCUCUGCUCUGACAUCUAAAGCUCCAGUGAAAGGAGGAAGGAAGUCAACAGCAGUGUUAAAGAGGCCACAGUCUCCUGUGUCUGAGGUGGUUUUCCAACAAACAGUGACCGUCAUCCGUCCAGAUGCUCUUCACACAAUUCCCUCUGCUCCCCUGUCUGCACAACUCACAGCCAAAUUGAAAAAUGGUGUGAAAAGAAAAGCAGACACUACUACCCCUUCUGCCUCUUCCAUCUCCAGCUAUGAGUCGUCCUCUUGUGUAACAGAACCAAAAGUCCUUAAGUUAUUCUCCAGGCGAGGCAGCGGCCGACCCAUCAAACCUCCCUGUAAAGACCUUCCUGAAUCACCACCACAGCAUCAGGUGGGCAGAAGGAACAAACUCUCAGAGAGACUCAAAUACUGCAAUGCCAUCCUGAAAGAGAUGUUUGCCAAAAAGCAUUCUGCUUACGCCUGGCCCUUUUAUAAGCCUGUGGAUGCAAAGGGACUGGGCCUUCUUGAUUAUCAUGAAAUCAUUCACCAACCUAUGGAUAUGAGUACCAUCAAAAAAAAGAUGGAAGCUCGUGAGUACACAGAUGCAUUGCAGUUUGCUGCAGAUAUGCGGCUCAUGUUCUCAAACUGCUACAAAUACAAUCCACCCGGUCAUGAGGUAGUGACCAUGGCAAGGAAACUUCAGGAUGUUUUUGAGUUUCGGUUCUCCAAGAUUCCUGACGAGCCGAGGAAUUCAGCCCCAGCCUCUAGUCAGAACAGAGUAAGGAAGGAGAGAGCACAAAGUCCGUCCAGCUCUGAGAGCAGUGACAGUGAAUCAUCGUCUCCAUCAGAAAACUCCUCCGACACAGAAGAGGAUGAAGAGGAGAGAACACAAAGGCUCGCCAGCCUGGAGGAACAGCUGAAAGCAGUACGAGAGCAGCUCCAGUUACUGACCCAAACACCUCUCCUGAAACCAAAGAAAAGGGAAAAGUCCAAGAAGAAAAGGAAGAAAGAGAGAGAGUCCAGUAAACGAAAAGGUGAAGAAAUGAAGAAACCGGCAAAAAUACAGAAGAGGUCCAACAGCAAGUCGUCAGGGUGGAAGGAGAGCAGAGCAUAUGACUCUGAGGAAAAGAUGAAUGCUUUACCCAUGUCUUAUGAGGAGAAACGGCAGCUGAGUCUAGACAUUAACAAGCUUCCUGGAGACAAGCUUGGCAAAGUAGUGAAUAUCAUCAAGGCCAGAGAACCCUUGCUCAGGGACACAGACCCUGAGGAGAUCGAGAUCGACUUUGAGACUCUCAAACCUUCAACCCUUCGAGCUCUUGAGUGCUAUGUUGUCGCUUGCCUCCAAAAGAAACUGAAAGAAACUGACAAAAAGAAGCUCCAGAAGAAGUCUAAAAUCAAGGAAAUGGACAAAGAGCUACAACACACGAAUGGAGAAUCAAACGAUAAAAAGGCCAAAAUUGAAGCUUUAGGGGAGUUUAAAGAUGCGAGCCAUCCAUCUCGUUUGAGUGACAGCAGCAGCAGCUCGUCCAGCUCUGACAACAGUAGUAGUGACUCUAGCUCCUCUGAUAGCUGUGACUCUGAUUCAGAACAGAAAGCUAAGAGGAAGCAAAGUAAAGCCCCUGGCCAUGCCCACAAAAAUGAAAACAAGGCAUCGCGGCAGGCCGUUGCUGAGGUAAAGGAUUCUUCUUCUGCCUCGGUCGUGACAUGCCAGUCUCGCCCAGCGUCACUAGUCUCCGAGGCAGACUCCAAAGACAUGUUUGCGUCACAACAAGCAAAGCAUCCUGCAGAGGACAUCAUCAUGGCAAUCACAGCAUUACACAGCCAACUGCCGCCUCAGCCAUCCAGACCUAGUGACAAAGCUGCUCCGCUACCUCGUAAAACCUGGACUGCCCCUUUACCACUCAACCUACCUCCAGACCAGGCUACCAGUCCUUUAUGUAACACUUCUGCCUCCUCCCCCUGUAAUGACAACACAGCCACCUCACCCAAAUGUUCCCAAUGUUCCCACGUGUCGAUUCCCCCACACCCAACCACUUCACUCCUUUCAGACCCGUCGUUCCCCCGUAGUCCCUUGCUCGAUCCUCUUGACCCGCAGGUCUCUCGGGUUGGCCCCCCAUCGCCUGCUGCUGCAGAGAAGCCUCCAUAUAAGUCUGAGCAGGAAGGCGUCCCUCCUCUUCUGUCACCACUGACCUCACCUCCUGCAGCCAUGCCUGUCAUAGGAUGUCAGCCUACCUCCAGCUCUCAGUUUGAGCAAUGUAGAUUGUUGUCACCUCUGCAUGAGAGUCCAUUAACCAACAUGAGGGAUGAGCAAAGCUGCCCGGAGACACUGGAAGAGCCCUCUGUUCAGCUGCACAAAAUGCACGGAGCCAAGGACGAUGGCAGUGAACUAUGCAAGCCCAUUCAAGAUACCAAAUCCAACCUGCCUAAAAAGGAUAUUGUCCUAAAGCAUGCAGACUCCUGGACAAGCCUGGGUAAGAUGGCUACUCAAACACCUUGCCCAAUCAAAUCAUCCAAGGAAAGUUUCCAGCAGUUUCGCAAAGUUGCCAUGGAGAAAGAGGAACGAGAGAGAGCUCGUAAACUGCAGAUUGAAGCUGGUCGUGAGAAGAGCAACUCAGACAAAAGCGGUCUGACGCAGCAGCUCCAGAAAAACAAGCUGGACUGCCCGCCUUCAAAGCCAGAAGUGGAGUCAGCAGAGCUGCCCCUGAUGGCGGCCAUCUUGGAUACCCCCAAAGCCCCUGAGCCCUGCUCUCUUCCACAGAGCUCUGUAGACCGAGAACGAGAGAUGGCUCGCAUGAGAGAGCAGGAGCGCCGUAGGAGAGAGGCUAUGUCUGGAGUCAUUGACAUGACCAUGCAGAGUGACAUAAUGGCAACUUUUGAGAAGAACUUGGAUUGAGAUAAACAAAUAAAAAAAAAUUUGCUUGUGUAUUGGCGCUACUGUUCGGUGAACAGUGUAGGCCGUCUUUUCCCUUACCAGACUUGCUCCAUGAGUCCUGGCGACUGAAACGGGUCUUUAGUCUUUUGACGGUCAAAAAUACUGCAAUACAGCUGCAUCACUUUACAUUUGUACUAAGUUAGCUCUUGUAAAAAUAAGAAAACAGUCGAGGACUGACGGUCGUGUAUGAUGUUGUAAGACCAAUAUUUGCGCCAUUAAUAGUGUUGAGUGUAUAUUCUUGAGUUUUCGUUAUUUGGAUCCGUUUGAAGCUUGGAUACAGAAAUGCCUGAACUGAAAUGCUGCCGAUUGUCUGAGGUAGUUUGGAAAGAGAAACAUGUCUGUCGUUUCACAACAGUUUUUGUGUUCUUUAACAUGGUUUGUUUUGUUUUUUUUGUUUUUUUAUACUGAAGAAUGUUUACUUCUCUUUAUUAUUAUUGCUAUCUGAUUCUUUGACACAUUCCAUCGACACUUCUGCUGUAUGAAUAUUGCAUAGCUGGUCGUCUUGCGCUAGCUGUUGUGAGAACUGUAAAGGAUAUUCCUGUGCAGGGCCCUGUCCCUGUUUAUCCUACUAGUUGGUAAUUCAUGUAUUUGACGUAAAGCAGCAAUUUAAACAGAAAAUAUGCUGGCUGCGUUAAACCUGUCCUGUUUAAAUAUAUAUAUAU